UUAUUCCACAGUUAUAUGUAUGGCCGGUUCACUGCUGGUUUGGUUAAAUACUACUAAAUAUAGUAGUGGGGACGAAGUUUUUACACUGCAAAUUAUUUACAGAUCUGAUACGUCUCAAAUGUUACGAUAUUAUGUAAUUGGGAGCUUAUACAUCUCAGUAACGUCACUAAUAUGAUGUUAAACCUUUUCAUUGGUCCUUACGUCAGAGGCAGCUCUAAAUAAACCCAACAGUAGUAUGCUGUUAUGACGUCCUGGGGGCAGCAAGAACAACAGUUUUUUGGCAAAUCAUAGUUGGCUUAUAUAGAAUUUUUAUCACAAAUAGAUGUUGACUUUGAAGCUCCAUCUGAAAUUAGAAGAAUUUCCAAAAAUGAAGAUAUGGCAAUUGGAAGUCACAAAUGUUUUUAAUGACUUAUUAGAUUCCUGUAAUGAGAAAGAGAAGGGCUUAAAUUUGACAUCUGCUGUAUCAAACAGCAGACCCCCACAAAUCUUUUCGGAUGAAUGGGGGAAAAAAAACAACAGGAGAAAAUAA